AUGGAUAUAUCAAAACUAUUUCAAGAUCAAGUAAAGAAAUGUAGAGUAAACACUGGAACUUCAACUUCACCAGCAGACAAACAAAGAGAUUUACAAAAUAAAUUGUUUAAAAAGAAGAGUAACAAUAAUAAAGAUAUAGAUAAAGAUAAAGAUAAAGAAAAUGAAAAAGAUAAAGAUAUAAAUAGUAAUCAAUUUACAGAUAAAGAUAUUUUAAAAGCAUCUGCUUCAAUUCUUGAGAAUAUAGAAUCAUUAAAAGAAUUUCUAAAUGAUAAUAGAGAAGCGUAUAUCGAUACUUCGAAGCAUGUUUCAUCGUCACGGUCGUCGUCCACUCACGGUAGGAUGACCGACGAAGAUCGAGACACCGUUGAUAACCUCUCGCUCAAGCAGAUAGAGGUGUGUAACAACAGUAUCGCUAAACUCGAUGGCUACAUCCGAAGGAAUUUCAUUGCCAAUCCAAAGUAUCGGCAGUACGAGAGUGUCGAACAAGUGCCGAAUCCAUCGAUUCUGCGUGACGAUCCUGACAAUGAGAAGUUCUACAAGGAACUCGAGCAAUUCGACAACAAAAUAUACAUGUUCAUGAGCAUCAUCGAUCAACUACGACUUCAUCUCAACCAAGUAUCCACCAACUUUAAGAAACAAAGAGAUUUCAGAUUGGCAACCAUAAAAGAGAAUCAAAAGUUUGCAAGUAGUAUUACUGAUUCAACAAGGAAUAGAUAUAAUACAUAUAGUAGUAAAUCAAAUAGUAAUAGUAGUAAUAGUAAAGAUAGUAAUAAUAGUAGUGUUAAUAGUAAUAGUAAUUUGGCAGAGCUUUUGGGUGAAGAUGAUAGGAAUCAACAGGUUUAUAAAGAUAUAGAGCUUGAUAAUGAUGAACAGUUGAUAUUUGAGCAACAAAAUGCAAGUCUUAUCAAUGAGUUAGAGUCACUUUCCGAUCAAAUUCUUGUUAUUGAAAGACAGAUUGAAGAGCUGUCGACUUUGUUUGAUGAGAUUACUCCCCAUAUAAUGGCACAAAGAGAAACACUCAACACCAUCUACACAACCAAUGUACAAGCAACCAAUUAUAUACAUAGAGCAAAUCAACACAUUCAAGAUGCGACCAAGAAAACCUUUGACUUUAGAGUCAUGGUAUUAGUUUUGCUUAUUACUGCAUCAUUUGUUUUAUUAUUCCUUAAUUACUAUCAACAAUAUACAUAA